UCUGAUCUGGAGGAGGACUUUACCCUGACUGCGAGACUGGAUUGAAGAAUAAACAGCGUUCAGAUGACAGGAAAUGUCGCGAUCAGUGGGAAAGCAUGAGAGAGAAAAGGAGGGACCAUCAGGAAGACAAAGUCCUGAUAGGCUGCGUCCAAACAUGUCUGAAGUGGGGAAGGAGGAUCGCUCAGACCAACAACCAUCAGGAAGACACAGUCCUGAUCAGGACCGUCCAACCAUGUCCACAUUGAGGAUGGUGCUGGUGGGGAAAACUGGAGCUGGGAAAAGUUCUUCAGGAAACACCAUCCUGGGCAGGAAGGCCUUCAGAGCUGCCCAGAGUGGAUCAUCUAUAACUAAAGAGUGCUGGAAGGAGACAGAGGAGGUUGCUGGAAGGCAGCUGGCCAUGGUGGACACUCCUGGUCUUUUUGAUGUAACUUACUCUGAAGCAGUCUUUAAAAAAGAGGUCGGGAAGUGCAUUAACAUGACGGCUCCAGGACCCCAUGCCAUCAUACUGGUCAUUCAGCCUGGUCCCUUCACCAAGGAGGAAUGCCUCUCAGUGGAGAAGAUUAGAGUUCUUUUUGGAGAAGAAGCAGAUAAAUACACUAUGAUCCUCUUUACACACAAGGAUGAACUAACUGGAACCAUUAAGGAACAUCUGAAUGAAGCUGGUGAGAAGCUCAACACCCUGAUAAAUGCAUUUGGAGGGAGGUAUCACGUGUUUGACAACACAAGAAUGGAUGAUCGAACUCAGGUUCUGGAGUUCUUGGACAAAGUAGAAAGCAUGGUGUCUGUAAACAGGGGUGAACACUAUACUAACCCCAUGUUUCUGAAUGUGGAGGAAAAACUGAAGGAGACAGAGGAGAAGUUAAAGAAACAAUACACAGAAAAAGAGAGAAAAUUAACCUCUCAGUUCAAUGGGGAUAUCAGAAAGUUUCAGGAGAUGAUUAAAAAUCUAAAAGAAUCAGAGCACAAAAAAGAGAAAGAGAUUGAACAGUUGAAAGAGUUGAUUAAAAAGAAGGAUAUAGAGCUGAAUGAAUACAAAAGAUUUUACAAAAAAAAGUGUAGGAAUGUGAGACUGGAGGCAGAACUGACAGAAGUUGAUGAAAACAUACCUACGACUGUGUCUGCCAAAUUAAAUCAACUUCGCAUUUGAAAAUAUUUGAAUUGAUAUGUUUUAAGUGAUAAAUGUGCUUGAGUACUAAAAAUAAUUUAACAAACUAGCUGGUACUUUUGUUGCAUUUAUUCUCAAGAUGUAUUAAACUUUUGUACUGAUAGACAGCUCAUAUUAAGGUGUGUUUUUGUAAGCUAAUUGUAGUUAGCUGAUUAGAAUUAGCUAGGUUAGAAAAUAUUCCCAUUGCUCUUGUUAAUGUUUAUCAACAUCAUGUUUAAUGUUUUUGUAGCUGAACAGUGUUGGGAGUAAUACGUUACAAAAGUAACGAAUUCUGUAAUGCAUUGCUUUUUGCAGUAACGCGGUAAUGAAAGGCUUUACAGAAAAAAUUUGGUAAUAUUUUACUUGGUACAAAUGUCAGUAACGCGCGUUACAAUGCAUUUUUAACCUGGAAUGAAGUGGUGGGGUUUUUUUCCUUCAUACAAAUUCGCCAAAAUCACCGCGAGAUCAGCAGAGGUGAAACGUCUACGCAAAAUGUUUCACUUUUCCUUUAGGCUAGUCAGACAGAAGAGAGAGAUGAGUGAACCUGCAGCUGAUCUAAUGUCGGAUAGCACAUUCUCCAGAUGGGCACACGCCCAUUACUUUAAGUUUGUGAAAAAUAAGGAUGUGAAGAACAUCGUAGUCAAAUGCACUUUGUGUGCUAAACCUAAAGAACGGUCCACUUCCCGAAAUAGCACCAGUAAUUUAACUAAGCAUUUACAGAAGUGCCCAAUGGAGUAACUUUGAUUUUGACAUUGGUGGGGACACAAAAGUGAUCCAAGGCAGAACUUCCAAAAGGUGUUUUUUUUUCCAUUAGCAAUCAUAAUUUCAUGUCAUGCAGAUCUUAUAGGUUAACGAGGGCAGCCGUGGCCUAAUGGUUAGGGAGUUGGUCUUUGGAUCCCAGGGUUGUAAAUAUUGUUGUUGUUGUUGUUUUUUUUUAAAUUCAAUAUCUGUAUUGUUUGACAUGGGGGGGGGUCUCAAAAUUCACUGACUGCCUUAUUGAGAAACUCAGGUGCUACUGGUGGCAUUUUCUAUUCUGUAAUUAAGCUCAAAUUUAGUUAAAAUUAUAUUUAGAUAUAUAAUUUAGUGAUUGCCUAUUAUAGCAUGAUUAUGAUUACAUUAGUAUUGCAUUUGUAGUAUACCCCCCAUUUUUUCUUUUUGUUGCCCCUCCAUUUUCCAUAUUAUGUCUUUUUGUUGCCUGUUUCUGUGUUCGUAAUGUGUGUUAUGAUUUUCACUGCAGAUGUGCUUGUGACUUCUUUUAUGUUCAUGCUGCAGUUACCAAUAUUCGUCUGUAUGUGGCAGUAAAGGACCAUGGAUUUGUUGUAUCUAGCCUAGCCUAGUAGUAGUAGAAAGAGGUCUCUGUAAAACGGUGAACGCAGCAGACUCAGCAGCAGACACAGCGGCUGUCACGCUGUUGAUUCUGAAAUGCAAGUCGCACAUCUGCAUGGCCAUGCAGUAGCCUACAUCUGACUACUUACAUUCUGUAAAACCGUUAGGUCUAUAAAUUUAACAUUCAUUCAUCAAGGAUAUUAUCUAACACCAAGUUACAUUGCUCCAGCAUUCCUUUUCUCUGCAGCUAUGCAGUAGCCUAGCUCUGAUGCGUCCUGUCACGUUGCUAAACCUGCCUAAGGAGCCGCAGCAAUAGUUUUAUGAAGGGUUUCCAUACAUCAAAAGGAUUUUGUUGAGUUUUUAAAGCUCGACGGAAACCCUGCACUUACAUUCUUGACUUUGAAGAAGAAUGAACGAAUGUCUCAUUUCUUGGGAGGGGGGCUGUCAUCCAUGAUACUCAAGUCAGCAUGCGAGUCGUAGGGCAAGCAUGCAUGGACAUCGAAGUCCAGCUCAAUUUGUAGGCUGACGGAGAGUGGGGGGGGCGUGGGGUAGGUCAGGUGUGUACGUGUGAGAUACGGGGGGUUGAUGGGCGGGUAGUCACGGCUGCUGUGGGAAGUGUGCUGAUUUUACAGCAGAUGGAGUGACAGCUGGGAUAGCCAACCAUGCAAGUUAGCGAGAAACAGGUAUGAAUAACAGAAACAGAGAAUGAUAUCUACGUUAGAGGGGGGAUUAUUAGCAGUGUCAUACAUUUAACCCUUUGUGUGCCAUAUAAUCAUUGCUCAGGUUAGGACAUCGGUUUUAUUGAUUGUGAUUACACAGUAGCGGCUGAAUAUUGGUAGGGACACGUCCCUAGCGUCCCUACCCAAAAUUACGCCCUAGGAAGUGCCAUAGUAACAUGAAGUUAGCAAGGAAGCAAGCGGAGGAUGAGAGUGGCGAUAAAAUCACAAAGCAGCCAAAAUUAACGUUCUGCCGCUCUGAGAUGCUCCUUCAGCCUCAGGAGGUGAGGAGACCUGUGGUGGAGUAUGUUGUUGAAGAUAUGCUGACAGUUUGUUUACAUUUUUGUCCUGUAUAACUGAGUUUUUUUUCUGGUCGGAAGUCAGACUAAAGUGACUGAGCUGCCUUUCCUUCGAGGGCUAAUAGGCCUUAGCACUUCAAUAUCAGUAAAAGCACUUUGAUUUUGUUAUUUCUAAUUCUGUUUUUCGAAAUGUGACUGGGUAGCCUCAUAUAGCUAAUAGUCAUUGUCUAGCUGUGAUUUAAAAGGCUUGUGGGUUGUUUCUUUUUUCAGGCCAGUUCUAUUGUAGGCUAUGAUUUGCCAUAAUAUGUUCAUUUUUGUUAAAUUUCUGAAAUGGAGUCAUAUCCCUUAGGGCUAAUCUUUUUUUUUUUUUAUGAAACAUAAACUAUGCUUAAUGCUAUAAACUUGGAAAAC